UAUUAUCACACUGAUAUCGUUUUAGUAGCCAUUUCAUUACGUUUAUGUUGUUUCCUAAUUUUCACUUUGGGUUGAGAAAUUUGGUGAGAAUACACAAUUUCCUGCCACCAUGCUGAUAAUCAGUUUAAUUAUUUUACAUGCAAUAUCUUCUUCUUUCUGUUACGAUGUUGAAAUCGAAGGUGUAAUGAAAGUAGGUGCAGAAUUUCUAAAAGUAUUGGACCAAAAUGCAAAUAUCGCACGCAAACUAACUUUAACUAGUCAGUCUGAACCAAAAGAUACAUUACCCAGUUUGUCCAAGAAUAAAUUUGACGCAGCUGCGGAAAGAAGUAGUGCCAACGAUAUAAAUGGUAUAUAUACAAUGAACUUGGAAGAUUUUACAUUACACCUGAGGCAACAAGCAGAGAAGACCUUUGUAAAAAUGGGCAAACAAAUCCUGUAUGAUCUGAACCUAUCAAAGAAAAAUAUAUCAUCUUUAGUAAAAGACGUAACUAUUGACUACACUACCCUUUUACAAAAAUACUAUGCAUUUCUUGCCAAUGACCCUAAUAUUGCGCUAGUCGAAAAUGACUUUCUGUUCCUAGACAUGGUUGAGACACAUUGCCAGCUCUUGCAUAAUGGAGAAAAACAGAUACUGGAUGGAAUUAUUAGCGAACACGCAGUAGAGCCUAAAACCGUCCAGGCUGUACAAGCUAAAAUUUCAAAACACAUUAUUGUUGAGAAAAAAGAAAAACUUAGUUACAUUUGUGAGAAAUACAAAAUUUGUAAGGAGUAUUCAACUUUCAGUGAUCGUUGUGGAGAUCUAAUUAGCCUAUUAUUGAAACUUCCUGAAGCUAAAUUCUAUGAUUUUGUCAGGAUAAUGUACAAUAUAUUAAAGAAACACGAGAAUGUUCUCGAAAAUAUCGUGGAAAAACGAGAUAGAAAAUUAUUAUUGACAAAGCUUAGGACUAUAUCUAGUAACGUAUUUGCUUUGAAAGAAUUCCUAGCUUUACUGAGGGUAGUAAUCUCACCAAAAAUUAAAGCAGACGCAUGGACCGAUAAAACUCAAAGACAUCGAACUAUAGCUGCACGGAUCCUAUUUGAUAUAAUCGAUAAAGCGGUAAACUGGGAUGAGAGUUUACUUGACAUAGAUUUUGAUCAUACUAUUUUAGCCAUUAACAAUUGGUCUAAUGAUAUGUCUAGAGAUGUUGCACCUUUACCAGGUUUUGUUGAUAAUACGAUCAGGACAUUCAAUCAUAGAAUAACUAAAGGUGGUAGAAAAGAAAUAAAGGUUCUUAUUACAACUAUAUUGGGACGACAGACCAAGGAUGAUGAGACAUUUGCAAAUUUGUUAACACAUGGAUCGAAUUUCGUUAAAGGGACUGAUUUGAACGAUUUUCAUUUAGAUAUAGAUGAUGGGACCUUUAUUCCUACAUUUUGAAAGAAAGAGGAAUGAGACUUCAUUUUACGAACAGUUCCAUUGAAACAUAAAACUGUUAGUUUGCGUUUGUGCUUAUUGAUUGUAGUAAAAUAUUACAGUGUCCUCUGUUUUAAAUUAUCUAU